AUGAUUCUUUUUAUAAUACUAAGGACAACAGAAGUGAAAAAUACCCAGGAAUCUGUGUCAUUGUCUGUCACAAAACUUGAUAAACAAGCCGCAAACGAGGGGGUGAGAAGUUCCGCUUCCAUUGUGAAAACUAAAGAGCCCAGGGAUACUGGAAUACAAAACAACAGUGAAGUUAAAACAUCAGCAGAGCCAAGAAAACCAGUAACAAAAUCGGGCCCAAUAAAUUUUGCUAAAGCUGUUACAACCAAAAUGCAAAACACCAAAGAAGAAGAAGUUGAGAACAUCUGGGAAUCUGUUCCAAACAAAAAGCCCAAAAACAGUUUUCCAUUCGGUGAUAGACCAAAGUUAUACAAGGAGGAGGAAGUCCCAGAGAGACCUGUUCUUACCACGAACUACGCCAACCUGAUACCUCCCCCAGGAGUCCAUGCCUCCCCUCAGAAGACAGAAAAGGAAUCCUGGGACGACGACGAACAGUAUCUGUACGUGUCCUCCAAACUACCCACCGCUGCUAGAGAGUGCUACCGGUGGAAGACCAGUGCCAAAGUCGUGAUGUCUGCAAAUGAAAACAGGAACAAUUCCGCCCAUCCCAGUGCUUUGGAGCAAGAAUCAAAAACACUAUCUUGUAAAGAACAUAGCUCAAGUGUUGAGGAUGGAAAGAAAAAUGAUGUAAAAUUGAAUCAAACUGAUUUACAAAGAAAUAGACCUGAUAUGCCUAGGUUUGUGCCUGGAAGUGGAUCUUUAAAACUUAGUGGAAAGAAAGAUGUAAAUGGAAAUAUUAAGGAAGAAAAAGACCAACCAGAACCACACAAAGCGCCAAAGCCAUGGCACCCUUACAGAAUAAUCUUCAAGGUUUCAAUCCCCAGGGUAAUUCUAAGAAGGUUGAGGAGUCAACAGUUCCGAGAGCUGGAGCAAUUACUUAAUAAUCAAAACACCAAUGAUUAUUGGAAUGUUACCAAUAUUACAAGGAAAUCUGUGCAAGUCAAGAAAGAAGUAGAGGUUAAGAAGUCACCUGACUCAUUGUCAUCAUUACAUGGUACACAGGACAAGUCUUCCAUCCAAUCAAGAGAGACCACAAAGCCUCUGAACCAAUCAGAAGAGAAGACUGAAUCCCUAAUAGCUUCAUUGCAGCGGAAGGCGUAUCAGAUGACCACUUCUAGCAGCGGCUCCUCUGGUGCUGUACAUGACUACUGGGCUAUUCCUACAAAACAACCAAUCAAAACAGAGAAUCCUAACAGUCCUCCUGAAUUUUUUAUAUCUCAAUGUGACAGAUAA